GCAGAUGGAAGAGUUGAAGCAAAAGGCAUCAAAGGAGAUCCAGGCUCCAGAGGACCCCCAGGGAAACAUGGGCCAAAGGGAUUUGUUGGCCCCAUGGGGGAGAAAGGCCUCCGAGGAGAGACUGGUCCCCAAGGGCAAAAGGGGGAGAAAGGUGAUGUGGGUCCCAUUGGUCCAGCAGGGCUAAAGGGCAGCAGUGGACCUGUGGGCCCAACUGGUUUGCAGGGCCCCAUAGGCCCCCUUGGAAAGCCUGGUCCCAAGGGAGAUGCUGGGCCCUUGGGACCUCAAGGUGAGCCAGGAGCCCGGGGAAUGAGAGGCUGGAAAGGGGAUCGAGGGGAAAAAGGGAAAAUUGGUGAGACUCCAGUCUUGCCCAAAAGUGCUUUCACUGUGGGGCUCACUGUGCUGAGCAAGUUUCCUUCUUCAGACGUACCCAUUAAAUUUGACAGGAUCUUGUAUAAUGAAUUCAACCAUUAUGAUAUAGCUACGGGAAAAUUUACUUGCCACAUUGCCGGCGUCUAUUACUUCACCUACCACAUCACUGUGUUCUCCAGGAAUGUGCAGGUAUCUUUGGUCAAAAAUGGGGUAAAAAUACUGCACACGAAGGACAGUUACAUGAGCUCUGAGGACCAGGCCUCUGGCGGCAUUGUGCUGCCGCUGAAGCUGGGGGACGAGGUGUGGCUGCAGGUGUCCGGAGGGGAGAGGUUUAACGGCCUGUUUGCGGAUGAGGAUGAUGACACAACUUUCACAGGCUUCCUUUUGUUCAGCAGCUAAUGAUGGGGAGUGUUUAUAAAUCCGCCUUGCCACCCAUCAGAGUUAGC